ACAUACUAAUUGUAAUUUGUGAUUCCGGAAGAGUUCUGAGUAACUCGUGCUAAUGUUGGAAGGCCUUCUGUCUGCCUUGUUCAAGUUGUGGGCCUUAGUGUAAUCUGUUCAUUUUGCUCUGCCUUUGAUUUAACUUUAGUACAAUUCCGUUUUUGAAUCGAACUUUGUAGCGAUGAUUGGAUUUGCUUUAAAGCUGGAAAUUAUUGUUCUUGCCUUGGCCUUGUUUGUUACCAUGGCUUGUGCAAGAAAGACACGUGACAUGAUCUACACCGAUGUGACUGGUUUUUCUCCAUGUGUCAGGAGGUUCAAUGCUACUCACCAAAUCGGAUGCUCCAGUGAUUUUCGUGGUAAUACUGGUGUGAUUCACUACAUGGCCAAUUCCUCUGAUGUUCAGUGGCUGCUUGAUGUUGGUCCCCAUCAGCCAUACAUUCCUCUUUUGGAACCACAAGUGUUUGUUCUCCACAUUGUAAAUAAACUGAUGAAGUCUGGAAAGAUAUCGGGCAUCAUGGUGAUUAACAUCAAUUCAAGUAAGGUCAUUGAUGAGGACUUCUUCUUCUCUCCUGAUCUCAAAUGCCCAAAUGACAAUUUUGGAUUCUAUGGAAGUGAAAACAGUAGCAGUACAUGCACCCACUCCGGCAAUGUGGAGUGGAACCCAUCUGGGAAUGGCAUGAACUUCUUGGAUUUUAACAUCCCCAUCAUUUCACUCUUCAAUGAGACAGAAGUGGAUUACCUGAUACAGUGUUACAAGGAUCACAAUGAACCAGUGGACAGUCAUCCACGGCCAUAUCCAUUAUGUGCCGCUGAGUUACAUUCAUUCAUGUUUGGAGCUAAGGAUACACCAACAUGUAUGAGACGUACUCAACAGACAACUAAUCUAGAAGCAUGUAAGUCUGUCAAAAUCCCAGUGUU